CCGAAGGAGGCGGAGCUGCAAGACAUGAUCAACGAGGUCGAUGUGGGCGCGAACGCCGAACGGCACGAUCAACCCCGAGUUCCUCACAAUGAAGGAGCGCAAGAUGCGUGACACGGACAGCGAGGAGGAGAUCAGGGGGGUGCUCAAGGUCUUCGACAAGGACGGCGGUGGCUACGUCUCUGCUGCGGGGCUCGGGCGCAUUAUGACUCACCGCGGUGAGUGCCCUCGUCUGCGUGGACAGGUGGCGGUGCUGAUCGUGCGGGUGGUGCGCAGGCGAGUAACUGUCGGGCAACGAGGUCGACGAGAUGAUCCACGACGUGGAUGUCGAUGGGGACGGUCAAAGUGUGUCUUUGCCGUUCGAUGCCCAUUGCUUCUCUAACAUCCAUGCCAUCCUCCUGGUACCCACAGAGGUCGUGUAAGUACACUCGCCACUCAUCAUCCGCAUUGCUACCAUGCUGAUCUGUCCAAGCAGAUCGUUACCCACUGCAAUACCGUGCUCUACAGCGCGUUGCUGGGGACACUAGUGAGGAAGCCCGACAUCGGGCCGGAAGAGACACCAAAGACUCGGAUCCGUGCAUAAUGCCUCUGCGAGCGCUAUAGUACUCGAAUCCCCUUCGCAGCCUUAAGAACUACACGACCACUGAAUGUAUCAAGCCUGAUCAUUUGUCGGAACCUUAAACAUACCAAAUUGGGACAUGUUGCUUCAUGAAUUGGCUCGUCGUGUAGAGAGUAGUAGUAGCAAUUGACAUUGCAAAGAACAAAUGUGAAUCCUUUCAAGUGUA